AUGAAACCGAAAGAUGUUACCGCUGCAAAUGCCGAAGACUUAUUUGUCAACAUUUAUCAACCGCUGCAGAUGAGUCAAUCAAAGAAAAAGAAAAAAUUCAAGGUUGGAGAUAAAGUUCGCAUCACAAAAUACAAACACAUCUUUGAAAAAGGUUACACUCCCAAUUGGACUACUAAAAUUUUUACAAUUACUCAAGUAAAAAACACCAAUCCAACAACUUACAAACUAAUUGAUUAUCAAAAUCAGCCAAUCGAAGGUGGAUUCUAUGAGGAAGAACUCAGCAAAGUGAAAUAUCCAGACGUCUAUCUUAUUGAAAAAGUUAUUCGUGAGCAUGGAAAUAAACUGUACGUUAAAUGGUUAGGAUUUGAUAGUAAACAUAACAGUUGGAUAAAUAAAAAAGACUUGUAA